UGGUUGGUCAGUUGAGCAACUGCCUUGGUCCUUGUGGAGUUGUUGCAGGCGUCGUCGUCAUCGUUGUCAUUGUCCGUCAUUCGUACAGAGUUUUGUUAAUCAAUUUCUGGAAAUCUUUUCAAAAUUGCACGUAAAGACCAUUAAAAAAAUUAACUUGGUUGGAAUGAAAAUUGUCCGCUUGUCAUUUUGUCGUGUGUAUCUGGUGUUUCUGUGCUGUGUGUUUUAGUGACCAUUGUAUUACAAAGGACAUUUGUGAUUUUUCCCAAAAAUGCAUGACUUAUAAAGACUCCUUAAUAAGAAGACAAAUAUGAUGAAAGACGAUUUAGAAUUGUGGAGCAGCGAAGGAUCGGUGGAUACGCAGCGCACACACUUGAGUGUUGCAAUGGAGACGCCUUUGCCGAUUUCCUCAAUGUCGAAUGGCAAUAGCAUUGCCUUACAAAGGGACGAUGAGUAUCGGGAACGCAUGCUGAGGAUACGAAGGUUAACUGAAGCGGAUACCAGCGAUAAGGCUUCAACAUUUGGCAAGGUGCUACAAUAUCUGUCUAUAGUUUUGGUAAUAUUAACAGCCCCAUUCAGCCUUUUUAUAUGCUUCAAGGUGGUACAGGAGUACGAGAGAGCUGUUAUUUUCCGUCUAGGCCGUCUCUUACAAGGCGGUGCCAAGGGUCCGGGAAUUUUCUUCAUCUUACCCUGCAUUGAUACAUACGCACGAGUGGAUUUACGUACGCGAACCUAUGAUGUGCCACCACAGGAGGUCUUAACAAAGGACAGCGUAACAGUGUCUGUCGAUGCUGUGGUCUACUAUCGGGUAUCGAACGCCACCGUAUCUGUGGCCAAUGUGGAGAAUGCCCACCAUUCGACAAGGCUUUUGGCACAGACCACGCUUCGCAACACAAUGGGCACCCGUCAUUUGCAUGAAAUCCUUAGCGAACGCAUGACCAUAUCGGAGUCAAUGCAGGUACAAUUGGACGAGGCCACCGAUGCUUGGGGCAUUAAAGUGGAACGUGUGGAGAUCAAAGAUGUCCGCCUACCCGUACAACUGCAACGAGCCAUGGCUGCCGAGGCUGAGGCAGCACGUGAGGCUCGUGCCAAAGUCAUUGCAGCCGAGGGUGAACAGAAGGCAUCGCAUGCUUUGCGGGAAGCCUCUGAGGUAAUUGGCAAUUCUCCGGCUGCCUUACAAUUACGUUAUCUUCAGACACUUAAUACAAUCUCGGCGGAAAAGAACUCGACCAUUGUGUUCCCGCUGCCCAUUGAUAUGAUGACCUAUUUCAUGAAGAACAGCGAGGCGAAGGCUCUGGCAGCCAUGGCUGAUGUCAUAAACAAAUAAUCACAUGCAGCAGCAGCAUCUGAGCAUGGAUAGUGUGUUGUUUAGGGAAACAGAAAUGAAAAAAAAAAUAUUUAAUAAGUUAACAAUGUUCAUGGUGUAUCGUAAUUUUUUUUCUUAUCAAGUUUUUUUUUUUUUCUAUCUCAAAUGUAUUUCCUUGGCUAAUGAGAUGUAAGAAAUAAAAAUAUUUGUAGUGUCA